AUUCAAUAGAAGAAGAUAGUGAUUCAAGUUCUAUAAGUGAUGAUAAUAGUAUUUCAAUAUCUAGAAAUUUAAAGCAUUGGCAAUAUGCAUAUCAAUAUUUUAGACAACAAAUAAAACAUAAGCAAAAAUCUGGUCAUUGUCAUAGUGGUUACAAAAGAAGUCAUAUUACAAAAAAGAAAAAAAAUUAUAAAAUUGAAGAUACAAAUAAAGUUAAAUAUUUACCUCCAACAGAUACUACAAAUUUUAUUUAA